CCGCCGGGAUGCGCGCCCCGCCGAGCUGUCCGCGCUGGGCGCUGCUGGCCCUGGCGCUGCCCGUCCUGGCGCUGCCCGCAGAGCCGCUGGCGCUGCUGCCCCACGGCAAGGACCGCGGCGAUACCGCGCUGGAGCCCGGGGACGAUGUGCACUCGGCGGCGCUGGAGCUGAGCACGGCGCUGCGCUUCUACGGCGCGGCCGUGCGCUCCCUCUAUAUUACCACUAAUGGGAUUAUUGCAGUAAAUGAACCCUCAAGUGAAGAAAAAUACCUUGGUCAAUUCCCAGUGAGUUUUGGGGCCAUUGCUCCUUUUAUGGCUGACCUGGACACAACAGAUGGGCGUGGAAAUGUGUACUACAGAGAAGAUUCAUCCUCAGAUGUCUUGCAACUUGCAUCAGACUAUAUCAAAAGAGGUUUUCCUGAGACUGCUUUUGAUCCCAGCAGUGUUGUUAUUGUUACCUGGAAGCUUGUGGCUCCUUUCCAGGCACCAGGAGAAGAUCAUGCUUUGGAAGAAAAGAGAAACACAUUCCAGGCUGUCUUAGCAUCUUCUGAUUCCAGUUCCUAUGCUAUUUUCCUUUAUCCAGAAGAUAGUUUGCAAUUCUAUAGCACAUACUCCAAGAAUGGCAAUGAAAAUAUUCCUGCUAUGGUUGGAUUUAGUCAAGCCUCUACAAACUUCUACUUUUGGGAAAAGCCAGGAUCCUACAAUGUCAUUGCUAAUGGUGAAGACAGCAUUAGAAACCUGUACAAAAGCAGCAAUGCUGGGAAGCAGGGCAUCUGGGUGUUUGACAUUGGUAGCUCAUCUGACAGUAUCGUGCCUGCCAACAUCAGCAAUAUUUUGGUGAGCGUAGAGCCCAAUGAAGAAGACCAGGAGAUAACUUCUAAGCCCUUUAUGUCUGACUAUGGUUCCACUGAAAUAACACAGCAGUAUAUCACAAGUAGCGCGGACAGCACUGAAGAGGAUCAGCACCUUGUCACAUACAGUGUUCCUCAGCUAGCUGCAGAAGACUUUCUGACUUCAUUCCAAGAUGUUACAGGAACACCUUCAACUGAGUCUUUCUAUAGUCCUCAAAAUUUCCCAACAGCAAAAGCUCCACCUCGCCAGUUUCGGAUCCAGCAGUUCCCCCCACAGCCACCUCAAGUCAUAGAUGUGGAAGAAUUUGAUGAAACUGGCAUAGUGUUUCGCUACCACACAGAUGUCCAAGAGACCUGCGCUAACAACCGUCACCAGUGCUCUGUUCACGCUAUUUGCAGGGAUUAUCCCAACGGGUUUUGUUGCAGUUGUAUUGCUGGUUACAAAGGAAAUGGCAGACAGUGUGUAGCAGAAGGUUCUCCUCAGAGAGUCAACGGCAAGGUCAGAGGAAGAAUCUUUGUAGGAAACAACCCUGUCCCAGUUGUAUUUGAGAACACUGAUCUCCACUCCUAUGUUGUGAUGAACCAAGGGCGUGCCUACACUGCUAUCAGCACAAUCCCAGAAGCUUUGGGGUAUUCUUUACUACCUCUUGCCUCUAUUGGAGGUAUCAUAGGAUGGAUGUUUGCUGUGGAACACCAAGGAUAUAAAAAUGGAUUCAGCAUUACUGGUGGUGAGUUUACACGGCAAACAGAAGUAACUUUUCUUGGCAACAAUGAGAAGCUCGUUGUAAAGCAGAAGUUUAGUGGCAUUGAUGAGCAUGGUCACCUCACCAUCAGCACAGAAAUGGAGGGGAGAAUACCUGAGAUCCCACCUGGGGCAUCAGUCCACAUAGAGCCCUACACUGAACUCUACCACACUUCUAGUUCUGUGAUCACUUCAUCGUCCUCGAGGGAGUACACGGUGACAGAGCCAGAAAGGGAUGGAGUGGCUGCCACAUACACGGGCGCCUAUCAGUGGCGCCAGACCAUCUCCUUUGAUGAAUGCAUCCAUGAUGACUCCCCCCAUUCUGCUCCUGCCACUCAGCAGCUCUCAGUGGACAGUGUGUUUGUCCUGUACAACAGGGACGAGCAGAUCCUGCGAUACGCCAUGAGCAAUUCCAUUGGCCCCAUCAGUGAUGGUUCUGCUGAUAUUAACCGGCAUCCUUGCUACACUGGCACUCAUAACUGUGACACCAACGCUGUGUGCCGUCCAGGAACUGGGAAUCGUUUCUUCUGCGAAUGUUCGAUUGGCUUCCGUGGAGAUGGAAACGUUUGUUACGAUAUUGAUGAGUGUUCGGAGCAGCCAGGGCUGUGUGGCAGCAAUGCAGACUGCAACAACCAGCCGGGAACCUACCGCUGCGAGUGUGUUGGGGGAUACCAGUUUGCAGCAGAUGGGCAGACUUGUGUUGCUCUGGAGCCUGAGGUAAACCACUGCCAGAGGGGCACACACAACUGUGACAUUCCUCAGCGUGCUCAGUGUGUGUACACUGGAGGGUCUGCCUACAUCUGCACCUGCCUCCCUGGCUUCUCCGGAGAUGGGCGAGCCUGUGAGGAUGUAGAUGAAUGUCAACAGGGCCACUGUCAUCCAGAUGCUUUCUGCUACAACACUCCUGGGUCCUUCAGCUGCCACUGCAAGGCAGGUUAUCGUGGGGAUGGUUUCCGAUGUGUGUUAGGAGAAGUAGAAAAGACCAAAUGCCAGCAUGAACGGGAAGUAGCUCUUGGCAGUGGAGGUGCUUUCUUCCCAAGGGAUAUAAGAGUUGGUCACUUCAUUCCCCAGUGUGAUGAGCAUGGGAAUUACUUACCCACUCAGUGCCAUGCUGGCAGUGGAUAUUGCUGGUGUGUGGAUAGGGAUGGAAAUGAGAUUGAUGGCACCAGAAGCGGUCCAGGGGUUCGACCACCAUGUCUGAGCACAGCUGCUCCCCCUGUUGUUGUUGGGCCCUCUGUUCGACCAGACACGGUACCUCUGCCACCAGGAACGCACUUGCUUUUUGCCCAAAGUGGUAAAAUUGAACAUGUUCCACUAGAGGGAAACAAUAUGAAGAAAAAUGGUGCAAAAGCACUCUUGCAUAUUCCAGACAAAGUUGUUAUUGGAGUUGCUUAUGACUGUGUGGACAAGAUGGUUUAUUGGACAGACAUCAGCGGCCCUUCGAUCAGCAGGGCCAGCCUGCACGGUGGGGAGCCAACAACCAUAAUCAAAACAGGUCUCCGGAUCUUUAACAAGAACCGGGGGCCUGGCUUUCAGGUGCAGCUGCUCAUGAUGACCAAAGUGCCUAACUAUGGGUGGAUCAAGAUUAUCAAAGGAACAAUUUAAAAAGUUCAUUGUAAAAAGCGCCUUGGACAGUCUGACUUUGGGGGACUCCACCUUCACUGCCGUACAUUGUUGUUCCAGAACUCUUUUUAGGCUCUGGUGGGUCCUCUCCACCACAGCUUGGCCUGCUGGGGAAUAGAGGAUGCCAGUUUUGUGCUCUAUCCCCCAUUGCUGCAGGAACCUCCUGAAUUCCCUGGAUUUAUACGCUGGGCCAUUGUCCGUUUUGAUGACCUUGGGGAUGCCCAGCACAGCGAAAGCUUGUAUGAGAUGUUUUUCUGUGUCAAUGGCUUUCUCUCCUGUAUGGGCAGAAGCAUUAACCGCACUGGAGAAAGUGUCCACCGAAACAUGGACAUAACUCAGUCUGCCAAAGGAUGGAACAUGGGUCAUGUCCAUCUGCCACACUUCACAACUGGACAACCCUCUGGGGUUGGCGCCAGAACAGAUGGAUGGUAGUUGAUGGGACUGGCACUGUGGACAUGUUGCCACGAUCGCCUUGGCUUGUUCACGUGUAAGUUGGAAUUGGCGAACAAGGCCAGGGGCGUUUUGAUGGAACAGCUGGUGGCUGAUCUUAGCUUGAGCGAACACAUCGGGAAGUGGGGCCAUCUGAGCUGGCGCAGCAAGGGCAUCAGCUCUUCGAUUACCCUCCGCAAUGAACCCCGGCAGGUUGGUGUGUGACCUGACAUGCAUCACAAAAAAGGGUUGCUCUCGGCGGGAAACUAAUGUGACAAGUUUUGAGAGCAAAUUAAACAAUGGAACAUUGGACACUUCUUGCAAGAUGGCAUUUUCUGCUCUGGACACUACACCAGCUACAAAAGACGAAUCUGUGACCAAAUUAAAUGGUUCUGAGAACUUCUCAAAGGCUCUGACGACUGCGUCAAGCUCAGCUACGUGAGGUAAUCCCUCUACCUCAGUGAUGUCAGCCUCCCACUGCUGAGUUUGAGGAUCCUUCCAAGUCAUCACUGACUUGUGGGAUGCUCCGGACGCAUCAGUAAACACAGUCAAAGCCUUCAGAGGGGUUCGACUCUGGACACUCUUUAAUGAUAAAACAAAUUGGACAUCCUGAUUAAAAAUUUUGUGGGCCGGCUGAUCAACAGCAAUUUGGCUGGUGUAGCUGUCCAAGGCAAAUUGCAACAUUUCAUUUUCGCGGAGUAAUUUUUCAAAAGUGUCCAAUUUAAACUGGCCUGCUUUCAAUUGGAUGGGGAUGUGAAUGCAGCCAAAAUCACAACCUGCAAGCUCCCUGAUCCGCAAUCUUGCUUUGCGGAUCAGUUCUGCCACCAGCUCUUGUGGCAAUGUCAUCCUUUUGGACCGAUGGUGGCUGAGGAAGACCCAGUCUAUAAUCAAGAGAGAGUCUCCUGAGCCUUGGUCCUUGCCCUUAACAGACUCGUCCCACUGGAGAAUCAUGCCAUGAAGAUGUGGUAGCUUCCCUAAAAUGAUCAACUUGAAUGGCAGACCCGGUUGGUAUCUGUGGGCCUGCCUGGUGGAAAUUGACUUUUGGAUCUUCUCCAGUGCAGCCUCUGCCUCUGGGGUAAGAGACCUAGGACAACUAAGCUCCUCUCACCCUUUCAAUAAAUCGAAAAGGGGGGCUAAGUCGUCAGUUGGAAUGCCUAGCCAAGGCCUUACCCAGUUCAAAGACCCACACAGCUGGUGGACAUCUGCCAAUGUCUUGAUGUUAGUUUUAAUUGCUAAUUUUUGCGGAACAAUGGUCCGCUUACUAAUCUCCAAACCCAAGUACUUCCAGGGUGGCAUCCAUUGAAUUUUGUCUUCUUGGAGCUCGAAUCCUGCAGCAAUCAAUGCAUUGAUUGUCAGGUCAAGCGCAUGGGUAAGUAUGUCGUCUGUUGGAGCACAAACAAGAAUAUCAUCCAUAUAAUGAAAAAUUAUUGCGUCUUUGGCUGUCUCAUGAACUGGGGACAGCAAGGAAGCUACGUACCAUUGGCAGAUGACUGGACUGUUCUUCAUUCCUUGGGGUAAAACAUGCCAAUGGUAGUGCUUCCUUGGGGCUUCACGGUUGAUGGUGGGGAACCGUGAAGGCGAAAUGCGGGGCAUCAUCAAGGUGUAGAGGAAUUUGGAAGAAACAAUCUUUAAUGUCUACGACUGCCAAAUUCCAAUUUCGAGGGAGCAUCGUCGGGGAUGGCAUCCCUGGUUGGAGGGGACCCAUGUCUUGAAUAACAUUAUUAAUUUGGCGGAGGUCGUGGAGGAGUCGCCACUUAUCUUUAUUGGGCUUUUUGAUGACAAACACUGGGGAGUUCCACUCUGACAUGGUCUCCACCAGGUUGCCUUUGCAUAGCUCCUCCUCAACAAGCUCAUUGAGUGCCUUCAAUUUUUGCUUAUUGGGCGGCCACUGCUCUACCCACACUGGUUCAUCAGUCUUCCAAUUCAAUUUAUGGAUAGGGCGCUCUUCAGUGACUGCUGCUCAAAAAACUUGAGGAGCUGCUGGAAGGUCAAUUUUGGCUCCCCAUUGGGUGAGAAGGUCCCUCCCCCACAGGGGUUCCGUAUAAUCUAAGACGAAUGAGCGUACUGACGCCAAUUGCUCAUCCGGCCCCUUAAUUUGCACGACACUCUUAGAUUAUUGUGCCAAUUGGAUGCCUCCAACACCUUGAAUGCGUCCAGUCACGUCCUGCAACUCCCAAUGCGACGGCCACUCCCGAGAGGGAAUGAUCUUCACAUCUGCCCCUGUGUCCAAAAGUCCCCGCAGAGUCUUAUGGUCCCCACCCCUAGAAAGGGAGCAAGUAAGGUGUGGCUUCUCUCGGCCUAAGACUUGGGCCCAGGCAACUGUGUGAGUGUCCUGUGAAUUGGUGCCAAAUUGCUCUAGGCUCCAGGUCAGCUCAGGCACUGGAAUGGUCUGAACUAAAAUUUGACCCCUUCGCAGGAAGAUGGGGGGACGGACACAAUACAACCCUAGUGAAAAUUUUUUGGGAUCUGACGUCAACAGACCUGGGACGAUACUAAGUUCUGGUGGUGUGAAUUUUGUGUCUCCAACAACAACAUACAGCUGACUUCUUUCCAAGUACCUGGCAACUCUGGACACACGCUCACAAGAUGGAAGUUGGUGUCUCUGAUGUAAAAGGGCUCGGUCAGCUGCACCCUGAAAGGGACAGUUUUAGAAACAGUUGUUAAAAUUGGCUUGGGCUGAAUACAGUCUAGACACGUCAAGUCCGGUAAGGAAUAGUCACAAUUGGCUGUGGUCACAGGCGGGCUUGGCUUGUUUCUUCCCUUUCUCUCCCUGCAUAAUGCUAUUAGUCCUGCCUUAUUUGUAUCUUGGUGCAGGGAGGAACUGCGCUCAGAAAUCAGUUUUUUGGUUGCAUGUUUCCCUGCGCUCUCUGUGCCUUUCUGAAUUCAAAAAAAUUAAGUCUUAAAGGACAGUCUGGCAUCCAGUGCCCAAGUUUCCCACACAGAUGGCAGGGAGCGGCUCUCCUCUGGGCUGGUCCUGGGGUGCGGGGGUGCGGCUGAUGGUCGACCGGUGGGGCUGAAUCUGCAGGCAAGGCGUCAGCAGCGUCGGCAGCAGCAACUCUCCGGGGUGGCUGUCUGGUCUUCAGGUCAAAGUCCACAGGCGAAAUGGUGACCUUGCGAGCACACACUUCCAACAUGUGGUGCCGGGUGGGAGGAGGAUCCAGAGGCAGGCUGAAGAUGGCUGCCGUGCAUGCUGGAUUGGCAUUGGCAAAGGCUACUUCCUUAAGAAUUUCAGCUUUGGCUUCCUCACUCUGCACCUGAAGAUCAAUUGCCUUGCGGAGGCACUCAACAAAGACAACAAACUGUUCAUCUGGUAGCUGAAAAAUCUUAGAAUAUGUUAAAUGCAGUGCUGCCGGCUUAAGUACAAAUAAAGCUUUUUCUUCUGCCUUUGCACUCUCUCUUAAAA